AUGAUACAAUGGUUGAUAGCAUGUUUUUCUCUAGGGUUCCUUUUCAACAUCUGCAUAUUUGGGUACUUCAUAUUCUUCAAAUCAUUACCUGAUCUGCCCAGGACUCAGCCAAGGUUUGUCAGUAUUGUAUCCGACAAUUCAAAUUCUGUGGAGAUUGAUGAAGAGUUGAGGGUAGUUAAAGGUUUAAUUCACGAAGGUAAUGCGCAAAUAGGUAGAGAAUUAGAGAGUAUUAUUGAUUUAAUCAUUAGAGAUUUUGUUCAGUCCUGGUUUACAAGGAUUGAUAAGAAUGCUGAUGCAAAGUUUCUCAAAGUAACAAAGUGGAGAUUAUUGCAAACGCUUUUAGUGGUGAAGAAGAAGUUAAUGAAGAAUGAUAGUGCUAGUUUGAUUGUUCUGAAGCUAUUGCCAAUUUUUAACAAACAUUUCAGCACUUUUUGUGAUGCCAGAGAAGCUGUGUUAAGCGACUUAACUCUUGAAAGGCAAAAAGCAGCCAAUAUCGAUCUACAAAUUGCUGUAGAAUUCAAUAAGAAUUACAAGUUACAUAAGUCAUUGUCAUUGAAUCCUAAUGCUCUUCAGAAAGAAAUUGAACAGUCUAUAAGAAAAACUAUCAUGGGGCUACUUCCUUAUCUUUUUGAUAAUGAUGAGUUAGACUCUGUAUUUGUUUUUACGUUAAUAACAGAAGUUCUCACCACAUGUAUUGUUUCUCCAUUAAUUUUUAAAUUUACUGAUCCAGAUAGUUGGAAUUUAAAAAUUGUAAACAUCUCACAAAACUAUUUCGAAGAGAGACAGAAAGUUCACAAAAUAAGGAAAAUGCUGAGUAAAGAACUACAAGAUCAUAAACAUAGCAUGAAUAACAUAGGAAGUAAAGAUAUUGGAGCUCCCUCGAGUGAGAAAUUGGAGCUCAAUGUUGAUUACACAGGAAAGCAGUUCGAACACUAUCUCAAUCAGCUUGACUCAUUGGUAGAUACGAAUGAUAUUAAGUAUGUGGCGUUUUCAUUAGCUCUGAAAAUAUAUCAGUUGGAAGAAAAUGAAAAUUUAAACAAAGAGCAUUUGAAGUAUAAAAAGCGCUUACUACUUUCUUUAAAUUUGAUUGAGUCAAAGUUAUCAUUUCCAAGUUCAGAAAAUGAAACGUCACGCAAAAAGCCUGUCAGAGAUAGCAAUUAUUCCGAUUCAAAUAUGAAUAGCAAAGUAAUACUGAAAGAAAUGAAGUCAUUUAUCGUCUCAAUCACGUUGAGAGACAUCAUAGACGAUAGAGAAUUUAUCCCAUAUUUCAACUCGUUCUUAAAUAGUCUUCCUGAAACACAGGGCGCUACAUUUUUAGAGUACUCGCAAACGAUUGAAUCAUUCAAAAAUCCCUUGGAAGAUGCUACAUCUGAGGAUAUAAUUUCAGGGUAUUCUGGAAUUGAUAACCUUCAAUUACAAGAAAUUUCUUCAAAGUUUUUCCACAACAGUAACUUACAAAAUAUGGAAUUGCUUGAUGAAGGGCUAGUAAAGAAUAUUAAACUUUUCACAAAUUCCUUUCAGAUAAAUAAUGAUGAAGGUACGUUUAUUCUAGCUCGAAAAAGUGUAUUACUGCUUCAAACAGUAGCUAUAAAGUAUCUUGAUGAUAAGCUUUUACCACUAUUCAAGGAAUCUUCUCUUUUUUUCAAAAUGCUGUCAACAUCCCACAUCAUUUCGACUAAUAUAUAUCUUAACUUUUUGAGCACAAGUGGCAAUGGUGACAAUACAGAACAAAGUAUCCUUAUAAAGGAAAACGUAAAGACAGAUUACAUGAAUCCUGUUAGAAUUUUCGCAAGCCCUGGUAUCGCAGAUGCUUUAGAUAACAUAGUGAAUGGAUCUGAAUUCAAUUCAGAUAAAACAAGAAUAAGCUCAAACCCGCGCUAUUCACAGCUGUUCGGUUCGGAAAAUGACAACAUUUUCAAGGAUCAACUCUUUGACGAUGAGAAUGAUAAUACCACUGAAUUUUAUAUUCCCGAGGAUCACUUGGAUUUUCCAGGUAAUGUGGAGAAAGUAAGCGUUUCGUAUGAGAAUUCUGAUUUAAAUUCCAGUCAACUCCAUGGGUCAAAUAAUUUCAGAGACGAUAUAGCAAGCUUGACUAUUUCGAUUGAUCAAAUUGAAAAAGAACUUGAAUUAUUAGAGCAUUUGAUCUUGAAGGCAGAUUUAACCAAUAAUCAAAUGCAGUUGAAAAUCUUAAAAAAGUCAAAAAGAACUCUAUUGAAAGAACUUGAAAUGAAAGAGCUUUUGAAACAACAGUAUGUGGUACAAGAAAAUGCUAAUAGUUUGUUCAGGAAAACGAAGAUAUACAUUAGGUCGUACUUCAAUGAUAAUUCCAGCAGCGGUUUAAAAGAAAUAACUUACUAUAUCAUUAAUAUUCACCACUUCAACAAUGGCCAAGUAAGUUCCUGGGAUAUGGCAAGAAGAUAUAACGAGUUUUUUCAAUUAAAUACAUACUUGAAGAACAAGUUUAGGGAUAUAAUGAGGCAGUUGCAAGACCUGUUCCCUUCGAAAGUAAAAAUAUCGCUGAAAUACCAUGUAACAAAAACGCUACUUUGUGAAGAAAGGAAGCAAAAACUUGAAAAGUAUUUGCGAGAAUUGCUAUCUAUUUCUGAAAUAUGCGAAGACAGUAUUUUUAGAAGGUUUUUGACUGACUCUGCCCCGUUUAAAUUGAAUAGGGAAUACAUGCACGAUGAAAUUAUGGAGGAACCACUUCAUGAAGCUAUUGGAAAUAGCAAUAGUACGAGUAACAGUAGCUCUGUUGUCGAUUUACAAAACACCAAGGGAUAUGGAGACGAACUGAAUUUCUAUGAAGAUGAACGACAUUUUUUCACUGAUUCUGGAUAUCCUUUCUAUUCUCAGAACAAGUCCUUUGUUAAACAGAUAUGUGACUUAUUUAUUUCACUUUUUGCUCUAAAGAAAGCCAGUGCAGGUUGGUUGAGAGGUAGAGCUAUAAUUACUGUUUUGCAGCAGCUUCUUGGAAGCACCAUUGAAAAGUACAUAAAAGUCAGCAUCCAGAAAUUGAGGUCAGAGGACCAAGUACUGGAAGCAGUAAUUGCUUUUAAAAAUAUGCUCUGGGGUAAUAAUGGCGUCUUUGAACAAAAAAAAAGUGAAACAAUGGAGACAACAAGAAGUAAAGGGGAAAGGUUGAGAACGGAACAAGUCGCUCUAACUAGCCUGCAAAGACUAUUCGCGUAUACUUGUGGGCGUGUAGUAGGUUUAAGGGAUUCUCAUGAAGCUGCCGGUCGAGUUCAUGCUAUGCUACAGAAUCCGUGUUUGAAUGCCAGUUUACUAUUGGAGGCUCUUGAUGCAAUCUUAUUGGAUAUAAUAUGUAAGGAUGAAGAAGAUGAAACUUAA